GGACGUACGAGUUUACGUUUGGUGAUGCAUCUGUCAAAUACACGAUCUUUGGUCGGGCGUGACGUCACGUCUGCAUCAAAUCCAAGAUGGCGAACAUUCGGUGUGUCAAGGGUAUGGUUGGUCUAGUGACCGGUGGGGCCUCAGGUCUGGGACGGGCCACAGUGGAGCGUCUGGUGCAGAGCGGAGCAUCGGCUGUCAUUCUGGACCUGCCAUCCUCUGAUGGCAAAGCUCUGGCUGCCAGUCUGGGAGACCGAUGUGCCUUCGCCCCAGCAGAUGUGACAUCAGAGGCAGAUGUGCAGUCGGCUGUGAACUUGGCGAGAGAGAAGUUUGGCAAAUUGGACCUAGCUGUUAACUGUGCUGGUAUCGCCGUGGCGGUCAAAACCUACAACUUUAAGAAGGACAUCCCUCAUAGCCUGGAAGACUUUCAGCGUGUCAUCAAUGUGAAUAUUGCUGGAACUUUCAACGUCAUCCGCCUGGCUGUGGGAGCGAUGGGCAAAAACGAGACAGACACAGACGGACACAGAGGGUGCAUCAUCAACACCGCCAGUGUAGCAGCUUUUGAUGGACAGGUUGGACAAGCAGCGUAUUCGGCUUCUAAAGGUGGCAUUGUUGGAAUGACCCUUCCCAUUGCAAGGGAUCUGGCCCCUAUGGGCAUAAGGGUCAUCACCAUAGCACCUGGUUUGUUCUCCACUCCCCUCCUGGCGGGGCUUCCAGAGAAAGUGCGUUCCUUUCUUGCCCGCCAAGUGCCCUUCCCUUCACGUCUGGGUGACCCUGCUGAGUUUGCCCACCUAGUGACGUCGUUGGCCGAGAAUCCUAUGAUCAAUGGAGAGGUCAUUAGGCUCGACGGAGCUAUUCGCAUGCAACCUUGAGUGUCUGUGUUUGUGGAUGUGUGCAUGUGUAACAAUGGACAAUGUAUGUACAUUCUAAAAAGCUGCACUAUAUCAUCUCUGAAUGUGACUAUAAGAUAAUUGUAAAAAGUUAUGCAUUAUUCAGUACAUAGCUGUACUUUUUACUCUGGUUGUUUUGUAAACAAACACACUUUCAAAUAAACAUGUAAUGACUACA